CGUUGACAGCCACUUCCUGCUCUGCAUUACCUGUGCGCAGGAGGGCGUGGACCUCAGGCACGUUACGGUUACCUGCCCAAACUUGAUGGGAAGCUGUACAGGCUGCAGGAAAGCGGUGUACGGUGAAGGGAGAGCCUGUCGUGCGAUGGGACAUUUAUUCCAUGACACUUGUUUCACCUGCUGCGUUUGUAGUGAAAAGCUCACAGGAAAGCCGUUUUAUACAGUGUCAGGAAGAAUUUACUGUGUGAAAGAUUUUAUGUACCCAGGGGUUCAUCCAUCCUCAGAAGUGUGUAACAGCUGUGGGGUUUUAUUAAUGGACAUGGUCUUGCAGGCUCGUGGGAAGUCCUACCACCCGUCCUGCUUUUGCUGUGUGGUCUGCAGACAGAGCCUGGAGGGGCAGCAGUUCACUGUGGACGCAGAGAGCAGAGUGUACUGUGUCAGCGACUACCACAAGGUCAAAGCUCCUCUGUGUGCUGCAUGCAGAGAGCCGAUACUGCCAACCGAGGGGUCUCAGGAGUCUAUACGAGUGGUAUCAUUUGACAGAAAUUACCACCCGGAGUGCUACAGGGGGGAAGUUAACCUCAUUUGAAGACUGGUGCAGGUUGACAUACACCUGUCUGUGUUUUUCUGACAUAUUUGUUUUGUAAAUGUAAAACUAAGAAUAUAACAUUUAAGCUAAUGAAUGUGUAGCAUUUUGAACAAUUUCCUGUAUGCAAUAAAGUCACUCCAAUUUU